AUGAAUGAAACCAAAUCACUUUUAGUAUUAUUUUGUGCAUCUUUAUUUGUAAUGAUAAAUGGACAUCUUACAAUUGGCGAAAACACACCAAAUCCUUUUGAUACAGAAUUAUACGAAAAAGUGUUGGAUUCAGAAUUAUGUCAGAAGCAAAUACAAUACAUGUUGUCUAAUAAUUCAAUUCUGUUGGCGCAAUUUUUGGAUGCAGGCAUAAGAUUACCCAGAGGUUUUCUCGAUGGCAACUCUGUUGAUUUGGGAAAUUACCAACAAUGUCUGGGAAUCGAUGUACCUUUCGAAAAUUCAAAUAUCGUUGGAAAAUAUUGUACGAUACAAGUGCCUCUAAACCAAGAAUUAAAUUUGCCUGGAUUAUUUGGUUCGUCGGAACCAUUUUAUAUGAGUUCAUUGAAGUAUGCAGCAGAUACUGAAGGAAUAUUACAGCGAUAUAAUGCGAUUUUGAGAGGUUAUCGAGCAUUAUCUGGCGUAGAUUUAGAAGACAGAUCCACGCCCGGAGGUCCUUUUCAAGAAUCGGUUUUGAGAUUGGCAGUAUGUAUUCCUCAACCUUGUACCACACAAGAGGCUAUAUCGGCUUUGCUGUUUAACGUCAAUGCUCUUGGUUUUGAAUACAACGACUAUUAUUGUCGUCUACCUAACGACAAACAAUGGGUACCCGCUGAUAACUUUGCAGUAGUGAUUUUCACCAUAAUUGGAUUUUUGACGCUACUAAGCACUACGUAUGAGCUAAUAUACAUCUACAUCUUAAAGAAAGAUCCAAAGACCGCGAAUUUUUACUAUUGCUCCUUUUCUUUAUAUAACAAUACUCGUUGUGUCCUAAGUUUCCCCAAAAGCGCUGAUACCUUACUAUGUCUUCACGGCAUACGAACAAUCGCUACAUUGUGGGUCAUCAUAGGCCAUGCAUUUUCUUCUCUCACCUUUUUACUGAACCCUACUGAAAUUUUUAUGUGGAUGGUAUCAGCUGAGUCGACGUGGAUUACUGCAGCACCUAUCACAGUGGACACGUUUUUUGUUAUGACUGGAAUUCUGUUGGUGUUCACAACUGCAAAGAAAAGCGAUGGAAUGACUCUCGUUAAAAACAUACACCUGUUCUACUUGAACAGACUUUUACGUAUGUUGCCACUAUUGGCGGUGGCAGUUCUAUUGGAGGCGUCCAUAUUCCACCGGGUCGCGGACGGACCUGACUGGAACGUUGUCGCGAGAAACGCGCACAGAUGUCGGGCUUUCUGGUGGACGACACUUCUGCAUAUGCAAAAUUACCUCAAUCCUAAUGAAAUGUGCAUACCUCAUUCGUGGUACCUCGCCAUCGAUAUACAGCUGCAUAUUCUUUCGCCUCUGCUGUUGUUUUGGUUGUUAAGUGGUAAACGUCAUAUCGCUUGGUCGGCGUUAAUGGCAACACUGGCGGUCACAUUGGGCGGUUCUGCCAUAUACAAUUAUUUCAUGGAGUUGCCAUCUCACACCGUCGCUAUUGCACGAGGCGAGGAACUGACGGAUUAUAUGACCAAGUAUUAUUUCCAUAUAAUGUCUCGAAUGACUCCGUUCGUUGUCGGUAUGGUGUAUGGAUACGUGCUACAUCUGUGGCAUGGAAGGAAAAUAAAAAUUCAUCCAAUCGUGGUACUCAUUUCAUGGGCGAUAACUUUUGGUAUAAUCUCAGUUAUCUUUUAUAUUCUACACCGGGUAAAGCAGUUGGAAUGGGAUGAUCAAGCCGUUGACACUAUAUUGAACACAUUGAUGAGGCCAAUGUGGGCUGUCGCUAUUGGUUGGAUAGUUCUCGCUUGUGUUCAUGGAUAUGGAGGUCCUAUUAAUUGGUUUCUGUCCCUGUACAUCUGGCAGUUACCGAGCCGGCUCUCAUACGGAAUGUACUUAUUCCAUUUCCCAAUAAUUUUUAUUGCAAAUGACGCUAAAACGACCCCGCAACUGUUUUCUGUCCCAAUAGUUUUAUUUAGGUCGCUGUCGUAUAUAAUCCUGUCUUUUAUCGUGUCUUUCGUUCUCACUGUGGUUAUAGAUAACCCAUUCACGAAUAUCUUUAAGCGUCUAUUAGAGAAGGGUGAGUCAUAA